GUCGGUCCUUUUGUACCAGCAGGGACUCCGUUCUCCAGCCGAGAUUCACCAUGGCCUCUGCACUGACUUGCACAGCAUUUACUUCGUGUUUACUGUUUUUUACGUUAUUAUUUGCUGUUGUGUUUUGCGACGCUGAUGCAGAAGAAGAGGAGCAUGCCAAGCACACAUACACUGUAGAGAUGUUCACCGAGGCGGUGCCAACUGCACCCCACUUUGUCAUGUUUUACGCCCCAUGGUGCGGCCAUUGCCAGAGACUGCAGCCUGCAUGGAACGAACUGGCAGACAAAUACAACGGCAUGGAUGACCCUCCUGUAUAUGUGGUGAAAGUGGACUGCGUCCAGAACACCAAGUUCUGUUCCAGCGAGCACGGCGUCAGAGGAUACCCUACAUUAAAAUUGUUCAAGCCAGACCAGGAAGCAGUGAAGUACCAGGGACCAAGAGAUCUGCAGUCUUUGGAGACGUGGAUGCUGAAGACGCUCCAGGAGGAGCCUUCGGAACCAGUAAGUGAGCAGGAACCCGCUAAAGCCCCAGAGCCCAAACAGGGCAUGUAUGAGCUCACUGCAGCUAACUUCAAGGAACACAUAUCCAAAGGUGCUCAUUUCAUUAAGUUCUUUGCGCCCUGGUGCGGCCACUGCAAAGCCAUGGCGCCGACCUGGGAGCAGCUGGCCUCCAGCUUCGAGCACUCUGACGACGUAAAGAUAGGAAAGGUGGACUGCACACAGCACUACGAGGUGUGCUCUGAGAACGGUGUCAGAGGAUACCCGACACUGCUGUUCUUCCACAACGGACAAAAGACAGAACAAUACAAAGGGAAGAGAGACCUGGACUCGUUCAAAGAAUUUGCAGACAACCAGCUGAAGGCUGCGCUCUCUGCAGAGCAGAAGGAGGAACCAGCCGAGGAGCAGAACUCAAACGAGGUUCCCACCGAUGAGCCGGCGGACGAGGAGGUGAAGUCCGACGUGUUGAUCCUCACCGAGAGCAACUUUGACGAGACGGUAGCGAAGGGCUUCACCUUCAUCAAGUUCUACGCUCCAUGGUGUGGUCACUGCAAGAAUCUCGCUCCAACCUGGGACGACCUUUCCAAGAAGGAGUUUCCUGGUCUCUCUGAUGUCAAGAUUGCCAAAGUGGACUGCACCGUCGAGCGCACGCUGUGCAACAAGUAUUCUGUGCGGGGUUAUCCAACGUUGAUAAUCUUCAGAGCUGGGGCGCAGGGUGACGAGCAUCACGGGGGACGGGACCUGGAGAGCCUGCACAGCUUCGUGAUGAGGCAGGCGAGAGACGAGCUGUAGGAAGCAACACCUCUCUACCUGGAGUCCCCUGUUUAUCUGGCCAGUUGGACAGGAGUCUCUGUCCUGCAGCAGCCAAGUCAGAUUUCCUUCAGGAAGGAAUCAAUCCAGCGACAGACUGAUGUCAUCAUCUGGGUCUAUUUUUGUUUUUAUUUGUAUUUACAGACAGAAUAAAUGUGUUGGAAAUGUAUUUUUUUACAAAUCUCUCGAGCUGAAAUCUUACGUUUUUAAACCUCUGCGAGCACUGGUCCAAUUAGAACCAGAAACACAGACAACUUUACCAAGACGUUCAUUAAAAAUCUUGUUUUUUAUUUUCUGACUCCUGUGGGUUUCCCCUCUUCCCCUUCCUACUUAAAUUAUCAACCUCUCCUGUUAUGACGCUGUGACUCUUAAGUUGUAAAAGUUGUGAUGUCUCUCUGAGGUUGAGGGUUAUUUUAAAGGUACAUCAUGUAUAUCUGCUGAUAGCCUAUCUGACGUAACUCUCAGGGAAAACAACCAAGUGGACCAGAACAAUGUCGCUCACACAGGAUUGUAGUUGACCCGGCAACCUGAGCCGUGAAUGAGGACCCGAUUGUUUACACUUCACUCCAUAGAAAAAGCUCUUAAAAAUGAUCAACCAACUUCGUAUCACGUGAAAUGUAUAUGUGACAUCUUUUUACUUUUUUUUAGCUUUUGAAGUUUCAAGUCAUUCAUUAUUUUAGUUUUCUUUUAAAAAAGAAAACAAAUGCAGUUUGUUUUCAUCAAGCCAAGUGCAUUUCAGAUCAGGAUCAUCUGCAUUCAUUUCUUUAUCACUGAUUAUUGUACUGAUUGAAGCAUCAUUGAAUGUCCAGGGACAUAAAUAUGAAUUGUUUAUUAAAUCACAACAUGAGAACCUGACUAGUCUGGUUGAAAAGUAAAGCUGAACUUGCACCAAUUAAAGUUUUUUCAGUAAAUUUACUGAAUUCAUUUUACUUAAUUCUAUUUUUAGAGAAUUUAAAACAUUUUUCAUGGAUUGUCCAACCGGACUGUGUUCAGUGUUUAUGCUCCUGACUAGCUGUGAUUUUAUUGUCCAGCCCAGGUUCACAAAUGGGGGGAAAAAGCAACAGUCUUAUCAGGUUUUUUUUUUUUUUUGUUGUUGCUUUUUGAGCAACACAUGGUCUAAAGAGGUCCAGCACCACAACUCUGUAUUUAGUUUUUCAAUGGACCGUAUUUGUCCCCUAUCCACAAGUUUUGUACAAAAAAAAACAAAAGUGGAAAGUUGUAACAUAAGAUUUCAUAAUAAAUUUUGUCAAAAACA